AUGAAUUUCCUGUACCGAACUUCGCAGCCUGCGGCACCUGAGUUGCCAAGAAUUUCAGAGCAAGAUGAUCAUGGUGAUUCCUUACAAAAGCCAACUAUGACACUGGGGGGUCUCAUCGCAGAUGAUCCACACCAGCCCUCCUACGCCUGCAGUGAAGAUGGAGAUGCUAAUAAUGGUUCCGGGAAUAUCAGCAGAGAUCCUUCAUCUCUAGAUUCAAAAAGUCCGGUCCCGCCGUGGACACAUACUGAUGUCGCGGAGGAUGAAGGGUGGAUCACAAUUCCAUACAAGGCACUUCCUGGAAGUUGGAAUGAUAUUUCAGAAAUGGUACAGUUGCAGGCUCUGGACCGUUCCUUCCUUGUUCCUGGCGAGCAGGUUCAUAUACUAGCGUGCCUGUCAGCUUCUAAGCAAGAUACGCAGGUUAUAUCCCCCUUUAGAAUUGCUGAAGUGAUGUCUAAGAAUGGAAAUUCUUUGCAAAACUCUACAAGUAAAUCUAGCCCUGUCAGUGCAAAUGGUCAUGAUAAUGGAGAAGCUGGAGAAAGUGGCUAUCAGGAUGUUGAACUCAAUGGUGAAGGCUGUCCUUCAGAACAUGAUAUUUUGGAGACUCAAUCUCUCCUUCAGAUGGAAGGUCAUAAGCAGCAAAUAGAACAUAUGUUGCAAAGAUUCAGAGAAUCCAAUAUUUUUGUCCGAAUUGCAGAGUCAGACGAACCUCUCUGGUCGAAGAAAAGAGUAACUGCAACUACGACGGCAGAGGACUGGUCAGAUAGCCAGGGAAAUAGUAAGACCUCAAGGAGUAAUGUUUACAAUACCAUUUCUGAUAAAGGGAUUUUUGAUGGUAUCACAUCUGGGGGAGUCGCUCGAGAUACUGUGAAGUGUUAUUCUCUGCAGAAUGGAGACAUAGUGAUUGUUUUGCAAGUGAAUGUUGGGGUUAAAAAACUGGAAGAUCCUGUGCUUGAAGUUCUUCAGUUUGAGAAAAGUACACCAAUUAAUUAUAUGCUUGAUAAUCUUGUGGAUGGACUUUCUGACAGUAAUGAUGAUCCAUGUCGGGAGCUGCUGAGUUGGGUGCUCCCUUUAGAUCGUACAUUACCGCCUCGUUCUUUAGCACCCCCUACUCUCAAUACAAGUGUAUCACACAACUCUUAUUCUGCUCCUGGGUCUCAAAUAUUUAACUUUAGAAGCUACUCCAUGCCUUCACCCUCUUCUGUUCAGACACCGAAUAAUGUAAAACCACCAUCAAUAUCUGAAAGUCAAGAAUUUAUGCAUGAAAAACCUGCAAAAACCCCUGCUAUUAUUAAUGAUGGGCAGCUUUCAUUUAGAGGAGUUCCUUUGGAACCUGAACGGUAUUCUGUACGUUGUGGUCUAGAAGGUGUGUAUCUACUGGGAAAAAGAUGGCGGAGAAAAGUUGAAAUCAUUCAACCGAUCGAGGUUAAUUCUUUUGCUGCAAAAUGUACUUUGGAAAAUCUUCUCUGUGUCUCAGUAAAGAACAUUUCUCCUAUUCAUGCAAAAGAUAUAGUUGUGUUCAUUGAUGCAAUUACUAUCGUAUUUGAGGAGGCAUCCAAAGGAGGUGCCCCUUUGUCAUUACCAAUUGCUAGUAUUGAGGUUGGGCAUGAUCACAACUUACCAAAUCUAGCACUCAGGAGGGGAGAGGAGCACUCUUUUAUUCUCAAGCCAGCAAUCAUGUCCUCAAGGGAACGGAAGACCAACAGUCAUGCACCUCUGGCUUUGUCACUCCCAACAAUGACUGAAUCUACUUUAAAUAAUCAUAUACCAAGGGUAUUAACACUCGAAGCUACUAAUAUGACAUCAGAAAACCUUACGUUAACUGUCAUUACUCCUGAAGCAUCUGGUUCUUCUUCAGUUGUAUCCUUAAACUCAGAUCCAGCCACCCCAAAUGGUUCUUUUGAUGGUGUUAAUCAGUCAGCAAAAAGAUCUGGAUUGGGAAAACAUGGAAUCGGCUUUCAAGGAUUGAAUUCUGUCCUAGCUCGAUCUCCAAAAGAAGGUGACAAUGGAGGAAACAGAAUGAGUAAUGCUUCAGGCUGUACUCAUCUGUGGUUGCAGAGUGCAGUGCCCCUAGGGUGUGUUCCUGCACGUUCAAGCACCACUGCCAAACUUGAGCUGCUUCCAUUAACAGAUGGAAUCAUUACAGUUGAUACACUUCAAAUAACUGCAAGUGAGAAAGGAGAUGAAGUACACGAGGAGGUGAACCCCCUAAUAACAACGUUGAGCCUUAACCCGAAGUCGCAACACCACCCGCUGAGUAUCGCGGCAGGCUCCUAA